AUGGUUCUUUCAGAAAAAGUUGACAAAAAUGUUAGAUUAGACCGUAGAUCUUGUGCAGCUUACAGAGGCACUGAAAAGAAGAAUGGACAUGGUCAAUAUGGUUGGGGCGAUAUCAACGAUGAAAUCCAGGCUGGUGAAGAAGAAUUCUACGAAGAACAAGAGGAACUUAAGAAAUAG